AUAGAACUGCCUCAUAGGGUUUCCUAGACUAAUCUUUUCUCCCGAGGAGCCUCUGGGUGGGUUCAAACUGCCAACCUUUUGGUUAGCAGCCAAGAGCUUACAUGUUUUAUCACUUUGUUUCUGAGGAAGGCUUUGUUCUUCUUCCUCCACGCAGUGCUGACUGUCUGCUCUGCAGGGUAGACAGAAUGUCUGCCCAGGGCUGUGGGGCUGCCCACCUCCCUGGUUGGCUCUGGCCACAUUCUCGCUCUGACCUGGUGAGUUUGUGUGUGUGGUGGCAAAGGCAGAAUGCUUUAUGUAAAUCCUUAGUGGUGGUGGUGUUACUUUUUAAAAUUUUUUUUUUUUACAAAAAAGGAUCAUAUCAUUUACUUGGAAGUACAUCAUUGUCAUCCCUCUCAGCCAGAUAAUAUAAUCCUAAAUAACUUUAAAAUAGGGGCAUGGUGUUUUAUAAUGUGGACCUGCCAUAAUUCAUUCAACCAUUCCCAGAUAGAUGACUUUCAGUUUGUUUCUAGUUUUUAUCACACUCCAUGCUACGUGUAAGCAUCUUUAUAUGUGUUAUGAUGCUUUUAAUUUUUAAGCUAUAGUCUCAGAAAUGGAAAUAAUGGGACAAGCAAUAUGUAUCUUUUAAAAUUUAAUAGGUAUUGCCAACAACAUUAUUUUCUCAGAAAUGUAUAACAAUUUUUACUCCUUCCAGAAAUACAGGGGAAAACCCUUUAUUUGUCACCUAAAAUUCUUUCUAGUUGAAGAGGUGAAAAGGCAUUUCAUUGCUUUAAUUUGCGUUUUCCUGACUACCAGUGAGCUUGAGCAACUUUUCACAUAAUUGUUCACCAUUUGUGUUUCUUCUCUAAAUUGCCUCUUUGUAUUCUUUGCCCGUUUUUCUGCUGGAUUGUUUUCUUAUUGAUUUGUAAGAACUCUUUGUAUAUAAGGAAUAUUUACUUUUUGGCAUAUGUGUUGUAGAUAUUUUUGUCCCAACCCUUUUAUUUGUCUUUUGACUUUAUGAUAUCUUUUACCAUAAACUUUUUGAACAUUUUUUAAUGUUAUCUCUGCUGUUUUUCUUUAUGCUAUAUAGUUUCCCUCAUUGGACAGUACUUUUUUAUUUCCUGGUUUUUUAGUGUUCGUUGCUAAUGUGAAUGGGAUUUUUUUCUUUUCCAUUUCAACUAGUUAUAGCUGACAUCGAGAAAAGCUAUUGAUCUGUAUAUACUUAUUUUGUUUCUAGACACCUUACUAAAUUCUUUCCAGUUUUUAGACUGUUGGGUCUACCAGACAUAUAGUUACAUCAUCUCCAGACAGAGAAUUUUACCCUUUUCAAUACUUACUCCAUUUAUUUUUCUUCUAUAGUAUAAUUAGAGCCUCUGUUAAAGUUAUUAAACCUCUCUUAUAUGGGUAAAAAUUAUGUCCUGCUUGGAGUCUGAGCUGCAGAUGGCUCCAUCCCUGUGUUAGGCGCCAUGACCCUCCUUGUGUUACAUCAUCCUGUUUCCUCUUCACAGCAGAAGCUGUGGGAAUCAGAGGACUUCUCAGUCAGUAUUGGACAGACUACUUCUUUCCCAACUAGAGCCUAAGCUUUUAAAGUUGGAGAUCACGUCUCUUAUUUUCUUUUCCUCACAGAACCUAGCAGAGAACUGGGCAUAUAAUAAAUACGUGUUAAACUGUCCAAACAUGUUGAAUUCGUUUCUAUUCUCUCCUUCCAGUGUUCCCCCUACUUCUCCCUUGAAGCCAGCUUUGACUCUACCAAACUCCAGAGCAUAUGACCCAGCCUCUGCGCUUAGAUACCUUCAUGAAAACAGGAUCAUCCAUCGGGAUCUAAAGCCAGAAAACAUCGUCCUGCAGCAAGGAGAGCAGAGGUUAAUACACAAAAUUAUUGACCUAGGAUAUGCCAAGGAGCUGGAUCAGGGCAGCCUUUGUACUUCCUUUGUGGGGACCCUGCAAUACCUGGCCCCGGAGCUGCUGGAGCAGCAGAAGUACACGGUGACGGUGGACUACUGGAGCUUCGGCACCCUGGCUUUUGAGUGCAUCACGGGCUUCCGGCCUUUCCUCCCCAACUGGCAGCCUGUGCAGUGGCAUUCCAAAGUCCGGCAGAAGAGUGAGAUGGACAUCGUUGUCAGUGAAGACUUGAGCGGAGCAGUGAAGUUUUCAAGCUCGUUACCCUACCCCAAUAAUCUCAACAGUGUACUGGCACAGCGCCUGGAGAAGUGGCUGCAGCUGAUGUUAAUGUGGCACCCCCGGCAGAGGGGCACAGAUCCAGUGUACGGGCCCAAUGGCUGUUUCAAGGCCCUGGACGACAUCUUAAACUUGAAGCUGGUUCAUAUCUUGAACAUGGUCACAGGCACCAUUCACACCUACCCAGUGACAGAGGACGAGAGUCUGCAGAGCUUAAAGGCCAGAAUCCAGCAAGACACGGGAAUCCCAGAGGAGGACCAGGAGCUGCUGCAAGAAGCGGGUCUGGCAUUGAUCCCCGACAAGCCUGCCACGCAGUGUGUUUCAGAUGGCAAGCUAAAUGAGGGCCGCACAUUGGACAUGGAUCUCGUUUUUCUCUUUGACAACAGUAAAGUCACCUAUGAGAUGAAGAUUUCCCCUCGGCCUCAACCUGAAAGUGUCAGCUGUAUCCUUCAAGAGCCCAAGAAGAAUCUCUCUUUCUUCCACCUGAGGAAGGUGUGGGGACAGGUCUGGCACAGUAUCCAGACCCUGAAGGAAGAUUGUAACCGGCUGCAGCAGGGACAGCGAGCUGCCAUGAUGAAUCUCCUCCGGAAUAACAGCUGUCUGUCCAAGAUGAAGAAUUCCAUGGCUUCCAUGUCUCAGCAGCUCAAGGCCAAGUUGGAUUUCUUUAAAACCAGCGUCCAGAUUGACCUGGAGAAGUAUAGUGAGCAAACUGAGUUUGGAAUCACUUCAGAUAAAUUGCUGCUGGCUUGGAGGGAAAUGGAACAGGCAGUGGAGCUCUGCGGGCGGGAAAAUGAAGUGAAACAUCUGGUGGAACGGAUGAUGGCACUGCAGACAGACAUCGUGGACUUACAGAGGAGCCCAAUGGGUCGGAAGCAGGGGGGAACACUGGAUGACCUAGAAGAGCAAGCCAGGGAGCUUUACAGGAGACUAAGGGAGAAACCAAGAGACCAGCGAACUGAUGGUGACAGUCAGGAGAUGGUACGGCUGCUGCUCCAGGCAAUCCAAGGCUUUGAGAAGAAAGUGCGAGUGAUUUAUAGUCAGCUCAGUAAAACUGUAGUUUGCAAGCAGAAGGCUCUGGAAUUGUUGCCCAAGGUGGAAGAGGUGGUCAGUUUAAUGAAUGAGGAUGAGAAGACUGUGGUUCGGCUUCAGGAGAAGCGACAGAAGGAGCUCUGGAAUCUCCUGAAGAUCGCUUGUAGCAAGGUACGUGGUCCUGUCAGUGGAAGCCCAGAUAGCAUGAAUGCCUCUCGUCUUAGUCACCCUGGUCAGCUGAUGACUCAGCCUGCCACUGCCCCCGACGGCUUAGCUGAGUCAGCCAAGAAAAGUGAAGAACUGGUGGCUGAAGCACAUACUCUCUGCACCCGGCUAGAAAAUGCAAUGCAAGACACCAUGAAAACGCAGGACCAGAGUUUUAUGACUCUGGACUGGAGCUGGUUACAAGCAGAAGAAGAAGAGCAGAAUAGCCUGGAGCAGGCCUCGUGACUGUGUGGGUGGCCUUGACCACCUGAUGUGGGGCUCCCUGGCCUGAGGCUCUCGCGCAGUGGCCCCUGCUACAGUGAUGUCCCGGAAAUCUUCGGCCCCCAGAUGGGAAUCCGCUGACUUCCCCUAGUAGUUGUGACACUCACCCUGAACAAAGGGUGUGGCCCUCAGUGACAAUGCUGGACACCUUGUCUGCACACCUGGAAGGCCUCCAUCGCAGAGACCCAGCACACUUUGAUGCCAAGUGACACACUUGGCAGAGCCACAGCAGCACUUCCUCUGCUAUCGAAAAAGUGCUCAAACUACUGUUUGCCCCACAGACCACUAGACAAAUUUUAACAAGAAUAUUUCUGGACAAAGUCGAAAUGGCACUUGGUACCAGUCUGUCCUCCCCUGACCCCUCCUGAUCAGAGGGCCUGAUCCACCUGUUCUCUCUCAUCUUGCAGCUAAGAGUUUCAUCUGGAUUCGGGUUCUCUUAAACAGCCUUUGAAAGCAUUGAUUUGGCCUGGGCCAAUCAUCUCUCUUCCCCUUUUUAUUUCACUGCUGCUGAAACUUUUAUCUACUGCUUUGGUGGUAUCCUCCUUUCAGCAAGGCAGUAAUGAUGCUGAGCACUAGAGCACCUACCUUCCUUCCGGUCUCAAAGAUUAUCUGGGAGUGAGUUGUCAUGGAGAAGAAAGAAAGAAAAAAAUGGAAACUCUUAUUAGCCACUAGCCUAAUGACCACAGAUGCCCACACCUCCCUGUCCUUGCUCAGAUACAUCUUUGUGUGGUGGGAGCAAGGGGAGGGGUGUUCCUGCCGGUCAUAUCACCAGCAGUAUUAUUAAAUUGAUUUCUUUUAAAAAUUGUCUCUAUCUUUUAUAAUGUGAUUCAAACACUUAUACUGUGUUCCAUAAUCCAUUUUUAUAAUACCCAUGAUUAGGACUUCUGAACUCAAAAGCCAACUUAAUUCAAAAUUUUAUAAAAUUGCAUAGUGUCUGGAUCAUAAAAAGUGCAGUGGACAUUUUUGUGUGUCUUUGACAUUUUACAAAACGUCUUUCCAUAAAAGCUAGAGAGCAAAACAAGUUUAGAUGAUCACAAAGAGGUAGGUUUGGUGGGAGAAGGAAGUUGGAGUAGAGGAGUUGCACAGUGUGAGUUCCAUGGAGACAGCAUAAAGGGCGUGGUAAAGUACGUUUAGGAAAUGCUUCAUGUUUUCAUUCUUUCUUGGAGAUUCACAAUUGUACACUGGUACAUUAAAGUAUCUAAAAAGUCCUAUUAUAGAGAAACUGGUUUAACUUUGUGUAAGUCCACUGUUUACCAAACUCAUUUGACCAUAGAAUCUUUUUAUUAAAAAAAUUUCUCUGUGUGUGUAUAACAUUAAUAUUCCAAAGACUUGGAAUUUGAUGAAACAUAAUUUUGGAAAUACUAGAGCGGGACAUUGUGGGAAAUAAGAACAGAAAAAUAGACUAAAUGGAGGGAAUGAAUUCUGGGCUAAGGACCAUGGAUUUGUUUUACAGGCAGUUGAGAGUCACUAAAGAAUUCUGAGCAAGAAAAUGACAUGACUGAAGCAGUGGUUUAAGAAGAUCAGUAUGGCUGGGAUGUGCCAACUGAUUAAAAAAGUGAAAACUCUGGAGGUUGGACUUCCACUUCAAAAAAGAUGGAGUAGAUGUGCUUUUCCCUAUUCCUCCUGAUAAGUACAGCUGAAGUCCUUGGACAAAAGACAGACUGGCUCAGGACCUUGGGAGCUGAGGAAUGACAUGACAGUGUGUUCCCUGGGUUUUCUUCGUGCGUCGUAUAUCCCAAACUGGGUUCUGGAGUAGCCGGCCAGCAGGUGAAGACUAAAAAGCCCAAGACCUUCUUUGUCUAGCCUUGUUAGUUCCUUAGGGUUGCUGUAACAAAUUACCACAAAGUAGAAAUGGCUUAAAACAACAAAAAUUUAAUCUCAAAGUUCUAGAGACCAGCAGUCUGAAAUUGGGUAUUGGCAUUGGCAGGACCCGGCUUGCCCUGAAAGCUCUAGGGGAGAUUCUGUUCCUUGCCUUUUCCAGCUUCAGGUGGCUCCAGCCAGUCCUUGUUUUGUGGCUGCUUGUCUCCAGUCUCUGCCUCCAUUGUCACAUUGCUGCCUCCUCUUUCAUCUGUCAAAUCCCCUCUGGGUGUGUCUUAACAUUUGCCAUUGGAUUUAAGACCCUUUCCAGAUAAUCCAGGAUAAGCGCGUUUUCUCAAGACCCUUAACUUGGUCACAUAUUUUGCCAUAUAAGGUAAUAUUCACAGGUUUUGGGGAUUAGGACAUGGAUAUAUCUUCUUGGGGGCCACCAUUAAACCCAUUACAGUCCACCCUCUGCACCACUCCCCCAAAUUCACAUCUCUUCCAUGUGCAAAAUACAUUCACCCUGUUCUAACAUCUCUAGAAAUCUCAACCCUAAAUCCAAAAAUCUCAUGCAGAUUUCAUCCAAAAUUAUUAUCAGCUCAAAAGUUCUAAAUCUCAUCAUCUAAAUCAGGUAUGGGUGAAACUCUGGCCAUGAUCCAUCCCGGGGCAAAAUUCCUCCGUCUGCAGACCUGUGAAACUGGAAAACGAGUUAUCUGUUUCCACAAUACAAUGGUAGGUUAGGGAUAUGAUAGACAUUCCCAUUCCAAAAGGGAAAAAUCGGGACAAAUAAAGGGGUCACCAUUCCCAAAUAAGUUUGAAACCCAGUAGGACAAAUUCCAUAAGAUUUCAAGUCCUGAUAAUUCUCCAUGGAGGCUUCACCUUCUGGACUCAACAGUUGCUGUCGGCCUCUGAGUCUGCACCUAAUGCCUCUGCCUCUGCACCUGUGGCUCUGCCCUCCGUCGUCUUUUUCUUGAAGGGGUAGCACAUGUUUGAGGACUAAGGUAUACCUGAUGGAAGCCAUGGUAUUUUCAGUCACCUCGUAUACGUGCGAAGGCUGGACAAUGAAUAAGGAAGACGGAAGA